GAUUGGGGCCGGGAGCCAGGACGGCUGGGUCCUUUCCCUGCAGGUGGGGAGUUCCUGCUGCGCUGCGCCCGUGUGGGGCCGGGGUCCCCCAAAGCCGCCUUCGCACUGAGCCGGGACGGGCGCCCCACCAAAGUCCAGCGCAGCAUCUUCAGCGAGUGCUUCUGCGCCCUGGGGCUGGACGAGCUGGGGCGCGCCACGGGGGAGCCCCGCUACCAGCGGGAGGCGCGGGUGCUGCUGGAGGCUGUCGUGCGCUGGGUGCAGGACGACCCGACGGAGCUGGGACGCCCCCUGCUGGACGGCGCAACGCCCCACGAGCCGCUGGCCGUGCCCAUGAUGCUGCUGUGUCUGGCUGAACAGCUGGGGGACGGCGCCGGGGGGCCCCUGGCCGAGCUGGAGGGGUGGUGCGCCCAGCACCUCCUCCGCCACCUGCAGAGGGACGGCAGCGCCGUGCUGGAGAACGUCUCGGACGACGGGAGGGAGCUGCCAGGCUCUGGGAGACAACAGAACCCGGGCCACGCGAUUGAGGCCGGCUGGUUCCUGCUCCGAUACGCUCAGCGGCAGGGGGACGCGGCGCUGGCCGCUCAGGCCAUCGAGGGGUUCAUGGUGCGGCCGUUCCAGGCGGGCUGGGACCCCGAGCACGGGGGGCUCUUUGCCUUCCAGGAUGUGGAUGGGCUCUGCCCCACACAGCUGGAGUGGAGCAUGAAGCUGUGGUGGCCCCAUGCUGAGGCCAUGGUGGCGUUUCUCAUGGCCUACGCACACAGCCGCGACCCCGCCCUGCUCCGCCUCUUCCACCAGGUGGCCGAGUAUGCCUUCGAGCGGUUCCGGGACCCAGAGCACGGCGAGUGGUUUGGCUACCUGGCGCAGGACGGGAAGGUGGCGCUCACCAUCAAGGGGGGACCCUUCAAGGGCUGCUUCCAUGUGCCACGGGCCCUCUACAUGUGCGAAGAGAUCCUGGAGAAGCUGCUGCAGGAGCCCUAGAGCCACCCUUGGGUGCUGAUAAAUAAAGUGACUUUUAUUCCUGGGGACCCCAUUGAAGAAUUUGGGGUGGGGAAAUCAGGGACUGUGAUGGUGUCUACACAGAGAGGUGGACGAGGCUUUCUUCCAGCAACUAGCAGAAGUUAUAGAUCGCAGGCCCUGGUUCUCAGGGCAGACAAUCUAGGAAAUUGUUUGGAAGAACCAACUAGGGACAGAGCUUUUCUGGGCCCCUUACUGAAUGGGGGAGGUAACUAACCUAGUGACAAAAGCUAAUUGCCUUCUAUGCCAAGGGUCGGUCCUGGGGCUGGUUUUGUUUAGACACCAUGUACUGCUAGGGGGGUCACAGUGGAUGACCUUGGUGCCAAGGGGGCAUUGUUUUAUUUGACAUAGGUGAGGCCUACACCUAAUAACAUUUUGGGCCACACACUACAAGAAGGAUGUGGAAAUAUUGGAGGGUCUGGAGCACAUGAGAGGUGUUGUACUUAAAGUACUGCACAGGAUCCAAAAGAACAACCAUUCAACAUCAACAGGGCAAUUGAUUAAGGGGGGGGGGGGGGGGAGGAGAGCUCUUGUUCUACUGCUAGCAAAAAGAAAAUUUUCUUCUAUCUUAUGCUCUCCUUAGGGCUAUAAUAUUCAUAGAGUCUAGGACUGGAAGGGACCUCGAGAGGUCAUCGAGUCCAGUCCCCUGCCUGCUAUCAUGUCCCCCUCUCAGUCUUCUCUUUUCCAAACUAAACAAACCCAAUUCCUUCAGCCUUCCUUCAUAGGUCAUGUUCUCAAGACCUUUAAUCAUUCUUGUUGCCUCGUGUCUUGCUCACCACACACCUGUUAAUACAUUCCAGGAUCAUCGUA